ACUUCAACCAUUAACCGCUAUAUUAUAUACGCUCCUAACAAAACCAGGGCAUUAUUUUGUUACUAAAUCUAAGUGUUUAGGCUUGUUACAAUAUUAUAUAUUGUUAUGAUAGGAUUUGGUUUGGUUGCGCUUAUAUUUAAAGGGGCGGAAAGGAUGUGUACGUAGACAACCUGAGAGGCCGAACUCGGGGUACCAAACACCCGGAUUACAUCAAGAAGGAAAUAACGAACUGUUUCACAAGAUAUCAUCAAAUAAUUAGCUGUUAUCCGCGGUUUAUUCUUGAUUAUAUAGCCUACAGAGGUGAAUUAAUAGACACACGGUAUAAUCACAACGACUGUCCUCGUUUUGCGUAGACCGGACGGCACAUUAGCUUCUUGGCCCGGUUGCUACUUCGUAAAUAGCGUAUAAAGUUAGUUAGGCUAGCUAAAUUAAUGCUACGCGGUGGUUUGCUAACAAGGUAUUUAAUGUUAAGAUACGUAGCUAGCUAAAGGCAACACGGCCAACAGUGUCCAACUUUCUGAGGUUUUUCGAGAUGUUUGUUGAGUGAAGUUGACGGGGAAUCUUUCUGAUCCAGGCCAUCGUUGUCAGCUAACGUUAGCAAUCUGCCUGGAAACACAGGGCUUCGGUAAAGCCAUGGCAGAUGAAAAUACCCAGUUCUGUGGAAAUUGCAAACAUGACAUUCCAGAGGCUAAUUUUACGACCCAUGAGAUCCAUUGCCGAAGAAACAUUGCAUUGUGUGAUGUUUGCCAGGAGCCAGUGCCCCGGUCAGAUCUGCAGGACCACAAACAGCAGGAGCAUACUCAGAUUACAUGCAAGUGUGGUUUGAAGAUUGACAAGAAUCACAUUGCCGUUCACCAGGGCUCUGAAUGUUCUCAGCGGCUGAUUCCGUGCCAAUACUGUGAACUGGAGAUUGUUUUCAGUCAAUCCAAAGAACAUGAGGAUUAUUGCGGUACACGCACUGAGCCCUGCCCACACUGCAAGUGCAAUGUGAUGUUGAGGGAACAAGCUGUGCAUCCGGUCUUAUGCGGAAGCCUUACACCGCCCCAAGAGAGAAACAACAGCCGGACAAGUCGCAGUCCAGUAGAACAGCAGCCUCCAGGGGCAUGGCUUGAAGCCCACUCCAUCCGAAACCUCCUCAGAGCACAAGAGAGGGGCCCAAAGAAUAAUAACAUCAGUGCGGCAGAACAACAGGCCUUUCCCCGGCCGUUCGAUCCCAGAGUAUAUAACACUUCAAGGGGACCUCAAGGCUCAGGGGACUGGAAAAAUACUACCCCGAGAAAUACAUUUAGCCACUUGUUGGGGCAGACAGAUUUCCUGAAUAGCAGCAGCAGUAGUGCCUGGCCCCAAAGUGAGCUCUCUCUGAAUGAGGAUUCAUCAGGCCUGGACUACAUGCUGGCUCUCAGCCUGCAGAGUGAUGGAGAAUCAGUGGCUGGAGGCAUAGAGGGAAACCUGUGGAGCGGUAUCUGGGACCACAAGAUUGAGAAGACGCCUAACACCUCUGUAAACUCUCCACUCUCUCCACCCAACAACAACUACCCAAACUUCACUACCGGCACGAGUGCCAUCCAGGAACAUGAUCAAGCAGAUACCAUGCUGCCUUGUGAGUUCUGCGAAGAGCUGUUUCCUGAAGAUGACCUAAUUUUGCAUCAGACUGGAUGCAGCCCCGCCUCCGCUUUUGCAUCCUACAGCAAGCAGCCGCUGUCUCCACCGAAAGAGGACAGGAUGAGCAGGAAUGCUUCAAGACAUCUGAUGCACAGCGUCCCAGACACACUUGCUUCAAACAUCCCCACUUUCCCUCGAUCAGUGUCCCCGGCCUCUUACAGUCCUCCAGCCAGUCCACUAGAGGGCGAUGUGGUCAUUCCAUGCGAGUUCUGUGGCGUUGCCCUGGAGGAGGCUGUUGUCUUUCACCAUCAGGACAAAUGUGACAUGCGUCCACAAACUGCCCAUCCACUGAAUAAUCUAACAAAAGCAUCCGUCAAAAAACCACUGAGUCCUGCCAAAGACGUCUUCGGUCAGGUGUCUCCAGAGUUUCAAAGGAGAAUGAAGCACCAAGCUGAAUUCUCAGAUGGGGACUUUAGAUUCGACAGAGAAACCCCACCAGGACAAAACCCAAGGGACUGGCAGAGAGGCUACAUUGGACUGCCGAGUCAAAAGAAGACGUCCAACUGUGAUGCUUCUGUGAAAUUCAGACCUCUGGCGGGCCGGGAAGCAGAAGGGGCUCAUUCAUCUUUCGCUGACACUGAGAAGUCUGGCUCUGCUUCUCUGAAGGGAGUACAUCUACCCGAAGACAAAGAAGGGAGAGGGAACAGAAGGAAUUCAUUUACAAAGUUGCCCAAGAAGCAGAAUGAAGAGCAGCAGGAAGAGUGAGAGCAGGAACAAUGAGGAGAAAUAUAAGAACCAAACCUCCUACUCUGCUUUUCAUUUAUCUUUUUGCAGACUUUUGAAAAUGAAACAUAUAUCUGAUAAGUGCCUGUGUGAGUAUUAGCUAUCUCGCAGUUUAUAUUUUGGUUUGAGUUAAAGUAUAAGUAAGUAAUUUGGUUUAUUAAUGCAUAUUCUCCUUGAUUUACAGAUUUGUUUCAAAUGUUUGUAUGUCUAACAUCUAGCCUUAAAAGAUAAAUUAUGAAAUGGAUUUUAUUUGUGCUGAUUCUGAUUUUUUUUUUCUUUUCUUUCUUUCUCACUGUACAAGUCGUGUCAUGGCUCAUUAGGAAUUUUAGAGAACAUCGUAUUCAGACACAUGACUUUGUCGGUGUGCAUUAAUCUAACUUAAUCUUUACCUUGUUAGUUCGGCCAAGGGCAUUUGUUUUCUCCCCUGUUCUGUCAGGGUCAUUCACAGUGUUCCUGUUGGUUUCUGCAUCUUUAUAUAACCUGAAG